CGCCCAUUGGUGGAGAUGCCUGCCAUUCUCUCCACCUCUGCCCGGGUGGGCUCCGGCAGCAGGAAGAGUCUCGCACAGGACAAGGGUAUUUAGGACUCAAUGAUUAAUGAAAAAUUCAUGAAAGAGUACUGAUAAGGAAGAAAAACCUAAGCAUUAAAGCCAUGGCAGGAUUCCUGGACAAUUUCCGAUGGCCAGAAUGCGAGUGCAUCGAUUGGAGCGAAAGAAGAAAUGCCGUUGCUUCAGUGGUUGCAGGUGUCUUGUUUUUCACAGGCUGGUGGAUAAUGAUAGAUGCUGCAGUAGUAUACCCUAAGCCAGAACAAAUGAACCAUGCCUUCCAUACCUGUGGAGUGUUUUCUACACUUGCCUUCUUCAUGAUAAAUGCUGUCUCAAAUGCACAGGUGAGGGGAGACAGCUAUGGUGAUGGGUGUCUAGGAAGAACAGGUGCUCGUGUCUGGCUCUUUAUUGGUUUCAUGCUGAUGUUUGGUUCACUUAUUGCUUCCAUGUGGAUCCUUUUUGGAGCAUAUGUUACACAAAACAUUAACGUAUACCCAGGACUAGCUGUGUUUUUUCAAAAUGCAUUGAUAUUUUUCAGUACUCUGAUCUACAAAUUUGGAAGAACAGAAGAGUUAUGGGGAUGAAAAAUCAGAGCAAGUGUUCACUCCGCCUGCCUCUUCCUCUCCUCAGUCAUACACACCUUAUUAUUCUGUUUAUAGAUAUCUUUGUUUUGGUGGAUUUUACAUUACACAUUUGGGGUUUUGGGUCUUGUUUUCUUGAAGCUGAAUGAACCAGGACUUUAAAAAAAAAAAAAAAGUCUCCUCUUGAAAGUUUCUAUAAUGAUUUCCCUUCUUUUUUCGUGGAACAAGAUUGUGAAUAUGUACAUAUUACAUGGCUUGGUAUGUAUAUAUCUUAGUAAAUGCUACAUUUUCUUAAUGUUGAAGUCUGCAGGUUUAUUUCUACUCCACAUACAGGCUUGCGUUCCCACUUUAAGACUCCGUCUUGCAAGCCCUUGCACAUGUAAGGCAGACUUCAGUGGAACUGCUCAAGUAAGAGGUGGCAGGGUCAAGCCUUGUAAAACUGGCCGUUACUUGUAUGCACAGGAAGGCUGCAACUGACUUACAAGCUAUGCAUUAAUAUGGGCUUCAGAGCCUUUAAGGUGAGCUUACAUUUGGAGGAUAAAGUCGUGAUAUGAUACUGGAUUAAGUGCAAGGUUUUAAGAAAAAUGCAUAUAAAUGGUUUGAAAAAAGCAUCACAGUAGCUUUUAAAUUUUUAAGGUGAUGUGUUUUUAACAGGGCCAUAUAAGGGACCACGCAUGACAAAUCAAAUGUUUUUAAUCCUCAGUUACAAUAGCACAAUACAUUUAAUGGCAGCAUGGUUCUUGUAAGUGUUCAUGCUAAAGUCUAGUAUAAUUUCUUGAACACUGAGUAGCAUUGCUGUGUUUAUCAUUAUACAAUAAAUUUUAAUUCAUCUGAAGCCAAUUCACUUGCAUAAUACCUAAGAGUAGAUGAACGACUGAGCACCAAAAUGCCGGAGUUAUAACAAUGCAGUUUUCUUCAGGUGCAAUCUGAUAAAAUGGGCCUAGUCAUUCAGUUGCCUCUAUCUCAAGGACUUUAGUAGAGCCUUGCAUGUUCAUUCAGGGAUAGAGCAAAAAAAGGACAUUGCUACUGUGCUUAUGGCAGGCUAGCUGUUUUCUAUGGGGAUUUUAGGCUGAGUUGUUCUUGCAGAAUUCCCCUUUGAGAGGCUUUCUUAGACUCUGAGCCUGUUUUGAAAGGACAGAGAUAAAAUGUAUCUGUCACCAUUUGAAAGCCAGGAUGUUCCAGCUGGGGAACGCAAAGAGAGAAUCUGCUGUUUCUAUAGCUUUGGGCUGAUUUUGUUUACGUACUUCUGCUAAUUUUGGUGACAAUUUGACAUCCUUGUCUUACCAGUUCUAUGUGUUUGAGUCAGUUAAGACCAGUUUUCUUCAGGGCUCUUAUAUCAAGCUCACCACACAGAUAGUAUUAAAAUAACUUUCCAGACAGUGUGAGAAACAGCCACAUCUAUGGCUACUGUUUUCUGUUAGUAAUAUAACUUCUUUCCACUCUGUUCCUUUCUGGGAAUCUUUCCAAUGGACAGAAUAUGAAGCAACACUGUAGCUGAGAACUGUGCCAUCUGUAGACUUGUUUCCAACCUGAUUUCUUCAUCAUAAAUUCUAAGUUACAUCUGUUACAUUCACCAGUGUUAAAUGUGGUAUUGUACAGAUUUGCGUAAUUGUAAGUUCAAAACGAAAUAAAUUUCUUGACUUACCUU